UCCGUCUAAGGUUCUUAUGAGUGAAUAGGGUAGUUUACGAGUGACAUUGAAGGCAUCGAAAUUCCCUGAGUUGUGAUUGGGUCCUCGUUCCCAGUAGCGGCUCCCUAUUGGCUGCUUCGGCUCCAUUGAAUAUCCCCCCUCUACCUUUGUCAAUUUCUUGCGCUCUGGUUGAAACGGCCGCUUGUUGUUUCCCGGCGCGCUGAGGGAGGGGAGGUGUUCAGCUAGCCUCGGAGCAGUCGCAGGUUUUUUUUUCUAUUUUUUGUUUUCUUCUCUUUGGGACACCGCAAGGAAUAUAAGGUUAUUAAGUGAGCUUCGAGCGGGAUAAUGAGAUUCUGAACCGAGCGGUUCGACGAGGGAGAAGCAGACUUAGCAGAUAGAGAGGUUUUUAACCUUACCCAUCACCUUGUAGCCCAACGGCGGCGACAGCCCAACAACUCCUCUGUUGGAAACAAACCCGGGAAGGACAUAAACACACCCAGACAUGCUUUCCUACCUGCCCGGAGCCUUAAAGACACCCCAACUAACACGGCUUCUCUGAUAUUUAACACCGAACAGACAAGAGGAGGAGGGUGGCGGGGGUAAAAAGUGCUUCUUCUACUGUUAAUGAGCGAACGGAUUAAUGAUGCCGGACCAAAUCACAGUUUCAGAGUUUGUGGCAGAGACAAACGAAGAUUACAAGUCGCCAACAGCCUCUAAUUUCACCACCAGGAUGUCCCACUGCAAGAAUACAGUGUCUGCUCUGGAGGAGGCUCUGGAUGUGGACCGCAGUGUUCUCUACAAGAUGAAGAAGUCGGUCAAGGCCAUCCACGCGUCCGGUCUGGCCCACGUAGAAAACGAGGAGCAGUACACCCAGGCCCUGGAGAAGUUUGGAGAGAACUGCGUGUGCAGAGACGAUCCCGACCUGGGCUCGGCCUUCCUCAAGUUCUCCGUCUUCACCAAGGAGCUCACCGCACUCUUCAAAAACCUUUUCCAAAACAUGAACAACAUCAUCACGUUCCCUCUGGACAGCUUGCUGAAAGGAGACCUGAAGGGAGUCAAAGGGGAUCUGAAAAAACCUUUUGACAAAUCCUGGAAGGACUACGAAACAAAAGUCACCAAGAUUGAGAAGGAGAAGAAGGAGCACGCCAGACAGCACGGGAUGAUCAGGACAGAAAUCAGUGGAGCAGAAAUUGCAGAGGAGAUGGAGAAAGAGAGAAGAUUCUUCCAGCUGCAGAUGUGUGAGUAUCUCCUCAAAGUUAACGAGAUCAAAAUCAAGAAGGGGGUGGACUUACUGCAGAACCUCGUUAAAUACUUCUACGCUCAGUGCAAUUUCUUUCAGGAUGGAUUAAAAGCUGUGGACAACCUGAAACCUUCUAUGGAGAAACUAUCCACUGAUCUGCAAACGAUCAAGCAAGUCCAGGAUGAGGAGAGGAAGCAGUUAACUCAGUUACGAGAUGUGCUGAAGUCAUCUCUGCAGGUGGAGCAGAAGGAGGACUCUCAGGCGCGGCAGAGCACCACCUACAGUCUACACCAGCCGCAGGGAAACAAGGAGCACGGCACCGAGCGCAGCGGCUUCCUCUUCAAGAAAAGUGAUGGGUUAAGGAAAGUGUGGCAGAAAAGAAAGUGCACCGCAAAGAACGGAUACCUCACCAUCUCACACGGCACAGUAANCCGACCACCUGCUAAACUCAACCUGCUCACCUGCCAGGUGAAACACAACCCUGAGGAGAAGCGAAGCUUCGACCUCAUAUCGCAUGACAGAACGUAUCACUUUCAAGCUGAGGACGACCAGGACUGUCAGAUCUGGAUCUCCGUGCUCCAGAACAGUAAGGAGGAAGCCUUAAAUCAGGCCUUCAAAGGGGACCAACACGUCGGAGAGAACAACAUCGUGCAGGAGCUCACCAAAGCGAUCCUGACAGAAGUCAAGAGGAUGACGGGGAAUGACGUCUGCUGUGACUGCGGAGCGCCCAACCCCACAUGGCUCUCCACCAACCUCGGCAUCCUCACCUGCAUUGAAUGUUCGGGGAUCCACAGGGAGCUGGGGGUGCACUACUCCCGCAUCCAGUCCCUCACGCUGGACGUCCUCAGCACCUCAGAGCUCUUGCUGGCCAAGAAUGUGGGGAAUGCGGGCUUUAACGAAAUUAUGGAGGCCUGCUUAAGUGCCGAAAAUGUGAUGAAACCCAACCCAGCCAGUGACAUGCAGGCGAGAAAAGACUUCAUCGUAGCCAAAUACACAGAGAAGCGCUUUGCCAAAAAGUGUUUGGACCCGACGUCCCGCCUCCACACGCUGUGUGAAGCCGUGAAGGCUCGAGACAUCUUCUCGCUCAUCCAGGUCUACGCCGAGGGAGUCGAUCUCAUGGAGCCCAUACCUCUGGCUAACGGACAUGAGCAAGGGGAGACGGCCCUCCAUCUAGCUGUCAGGCUGGUGGAUAGAACGUCUCUUCACAUCGUUGACUUCCUCACUCAGAACAGUUUAAAUCUGGAUAAGCAGACGGCCAAAGGCAGCACGGCGCUCCACUACUGCUGUCUGACCGACAACAGCGAGUGUCUGAAGCUGCUGCUCAGAGGAAAAGCCUCCAUCGACAUCGCUAAUGAAGCCGGGGAGACGCCGCUGGAUAUCGCUCGGAGGCUCAGACACCUGCAGUGCGAGGAGCUGCUCAACCAAGCGCUGGCGGGAAAGUUCAACGGUCACGUCCACGUCGAGUACGAGUGGCGUCUGCAGCACGAGGAUCUGGAUGAGAGCGACGAAGAUCUGGAUGAAAAACCCAGCCCUCUGCGGCGAGAUGAGCGCCCCGUCAGCUGUUACACCCCCAGCAGUAACUCCCACACCCCGUCCUCGAUGGGAUCCGCAGGCCGGGAUCCUAAGGACAAGCCGCGCUCCUACAUGCCCAGCCUGGUCAACAACGAGACGUACGGCGCCGUCCUCAACGCCGGCUCCACGCAGCCAGUCGCCGCUCCCCCACUGCCCCCGAGGAACUUGGGUCAGUUAUCUGCUCUUGGAGGGAUGGGUCAGCCGUCUGCGUCCAGCAGCUGGAAGUCUGGUCCUUUAGACAUGGUGGGUCGGCAGAGGUCAUCCUCGGACCCCCCCAACAUGCACCCUCCUGUUCCUCCUUUGAGGCUCACCUCAAAUGCAGGUUUGGCUCAUCCUCUUGUGGGAAAAAUGGAGGCCAUGAACAUUCAAGCCAAACCCGGUCAGGGUCUUCCAGGGACCAGAGGUGUGGCCCCCAAAUCUCCUGCUGGGAAUGACAAAAGCUUCAGUCGAGGUUUCCUGAGUCAAACGGAGUCUCGAGAACGAGCAGCUAAGGAAGUUCCAGGAUGCCCCCAGAACUCCGUGGGUCAGUCUCUGCCUCCAGCACCCAUGCCAAGGAAAGCCUUCCCAAAGCAGAGGCCGAAGCGAGUCAAAGCCAUCUACAACUGCGUGGCCGAUAACCCGGAUGAGCUGACCUUCUCUGAAGGCGAGGUGAUCGUGGUGGACGGCGAGGAGGACCAGGAGUGGUGGCUGGGCCACAUCGAAGGCGAUCCGGUGAGAAGAGGCGCUUUCCCCGUUUCGUUCGUACACUUCAUCGCCGACUGACGGGACGUCAGGGGAGGAGCUUUCGUCACAGAACCCACCCUCCUACUUCCAUCAUUGCGUCAUCACCGACUGCUUCUUUUUUUUUUCUUUAUGUGUUGUCAUGGCAACCACUGCUGAGCAGUCUGGGUUUCAUUGAGGACUUUUUGGGGGUUUGAGAUUUUCAAUGCGGUUUCUUGCAAUAUAUAAAGAGAAAGUGAAUGAAUUCCAGCAAUAAAUGCACUUUUCUUUGUCUCCAUGACAACGUAAGACAUCAUGAAAGUUCAUUCACCCAUCCCAGUGUAACUUAACAUAAAAGCUGUGAACUUUAGUGCAUACAGAAGUCGCCUGUCACACGUCUGUUGAUAGAUGCAGAUCUGGUGCAGCCCUUCUGCAGUAGAGGGCUUUCUAACGGUGCUAAGCUGAAUAAAUGUGCUGAAAGCUGCACCCCAGGGAGCGCUCCCCCGGCCGAGAUGCUGCAGGAGGCUGCCAUUGAAAUGGGGAUGUUGCAUGUUCAGAGUCCCAGUCCUCCUGAAGAGUGUGAGAGGGGGGAGAGACCACUUUCUGGGGUUUGUGUGAAUGUGAUGCAAAGUCUGCUAAAUGCUUUUCCAGUCUUAGGUGAGUCGGCAGAAAUCUUGUUCUUCCUAUAAAGUUUAGGGCUUCUCCUCUGCUGUUUUAGAGCACACGGAUGUUUGUGUUCCUGUGAGCAACUUUGCUCAAAAUAAGCUGAAAAUGAAAUUAAAAAUGGGAAGUUUUUGAGUAAAAAGAAAAAAAGUGGCAGUUACUGUAACCUGUGUUCCCUUUUUGCCUUUAAAAACACACUGAGAGGCAUUUUUAGAGCUAAACACACAAGUACCUGCUGCUUAGAUAUCAAAUCAUCUUUGGAGUCCUUUAAAGUAGACUGACAUUUAAAUAAAAUAUAAGUUAGUUUGGUUGCAGAGCAACUUGAUCUUUAUGCAUCAGAUUUGUGAAUUUCAGAUCAUAAUGUGCAGGUUUCUCUGGAUUUAAUGUCAUAUUUGUGUAUAAAGAUCUGGGUUUGAAUGCACUGUGGUGACGAGCACGUGGCCUCAGCUGGAUCUGUGAGCGCGCGGUGUACAUGUGCGCGUGCGCAACUGGGAACGUGCUCUUCAUACAGUCUCAUUAACUGUGUGUGGAUUAAGACUCAUAACUUGUUCAUGUAAAUAGGAAAAAUGAAACUGGAAAAAUAAAAUCUACGAUAAUUUAAA